UUCUCGGUCCUCGAUGGCCGCCUCCAGGGGUCCCAGAGGAGACGGGGAGGAAGGGGCUUCCAAGUUCUUGCUUUGUUUUUUUCUCAAUUUCCCUUUCUCUCGAAUCGGACUUGCAUCUGCCGCCUUUGAUUGCCUGUUUUGUCUCUCUCUUUUGUCCACGGCUUCUUGUCCCUCUUUCCCCCCAAACUUUGGCAUCAUACAUACAUUUUCAUGGCGUAGAGGCAGAGAGAAAGAGAGAAAGAGAAAAAGAGCUUUCCUGCCUGCCGCAUUAAUACUGGAGGCCACUUUAUUCAACAUCUUACCUCGAACUGUACUCGAUUUCCAAGGGAUAUAAUUUUCUUUUUCUCUUUAUCUUCUCAGAGAGCUACCUAAAUUUCGACUCACAACUUCCUACCACUCACCAUUUACAAGUGGGGGCGGGAAACGAUAUCAACCGCACUCGAGAACUGUCACCACAUCGGGCUUUUGGCUGCCGCGGCGGCGCGACCAACCAUCACAAAAUGUCGCAAUCACUAGCAGAGAUAUUCAUGGAACUGGGCAUCUCCCAGUACCUGGAUGCUUUUGUCGACCAGGGGUUCGACACUUGGGACACUAUAUUAGAUAUCACCGAAUCUGAUCUUGAUGCCUUGAAUGUCAAGCUCGGCCACAGGAGGAAGCUUCAACGGCGCAUAGCAAACUCUCGAGGAUUUGCGCCAGAUGCUGCGCUUGCCUCUCCGACGGGGACUUCGAGUCAACGCAACAGCGGUCUGGACGACGCACAGAGGACCGAUAUCCAGAGGACAGAAGCUCCGAAGCCCGAGACGACCAUUGCCACCGUUGUCACCAAGCGCAAGUACAGGCGCCACCCCAAGGCUGACGAGAACGCACCAGAGCGCCCCCCUUCGGCUUAUGUUUUAUUUUCAAACAAAACGAGAGACGACCUCAAAGACCGCAACCUGACAUUUACCGAGAUCGCCAAAUUGGUUGGCGAGAACUGGCAAGCCUUGACCCCGGCAGAAAAGGAGCCGUACGAGACACAAGCUCAAACGGCAAAGGAGAAGUACAAUGCGGACUUGGCCGAGUACAAGCAGACGACCAAGUACAAGGAGUACCUCGCAUAUCUUCAAGACUUCAAGGCUAAGCAUGCCACCCCAUCCUCCACAGACGGCAAGGACUGUCAGAAGCGCAUAAAGCUCUCUGAUGCAAGCAUCCCUUUGGGAGCACCGCGAAGAGCGCGCAGCCAGACCUCAACUGGCUUGGGGAGCGGGAGUCGGAGCGCAAGCAGAAACGGCAGCCGAAGCAAUAGCCGCAGCGAUGGGCGCAAGGGGAGCGAGCCUCCUCCAACCCACCGUGAGCACCGCGUCAACUCGGUGUCGAGCAUUACUGGAGAUUACACCACCUCGUCUAACAACAGCUACAUUGAGAGAUCGUCGGUCGAGCGCUCACCAUCCCUCAGCGCGAGCCCACGCGACCCUCCCCUGAACGCAGCUCCCGUUCCUGCCUGGCUGGACGGACACAGUGGCCACCAGCAUCAACAGCACCAGCACGGCCGCCAUACUCUUCCUUCUCUAUCCAACAUACUCGAGGGCCAGGUGGUCGAGUCUUGUGAAUCACGGGGCAGCGGGGGUGCCGGCUAUACACCCUUUUCCUUUCAGCAUGCUGCCAGCAUCGGCCCUCCCGGGUCUCCGCCAGGUCUCAUCGGCGGCGAUUCAUCUUACCCAUUACCCAUGAGGAAAGAGCUCUCUUCGGGCGCGAGCACCACAUCGGCUUCAUCGGUCGGCGGUUAUCCCCACACACCAGUCGAAGGCUCACUACCAAUACAUCUCCUUCUUGUCUCUGGCAACGGGAAGCACGACCAGGACCGCCAACGACUCAAGCGCUCCCUGUCACCAGAGGGCCGUCCAAGCCUUCCGAAUCUUUUGCCAGACCGUCAUCCGUCUAGCGAUCCUCCUUCGACGCUUUCCAUCUCGCCCCCGCUGAGCAGUGCACAAGGGUACUUUCCUCCAAUGUCAGCUCCACCCACCAUGAGCAGCCAUGCACCAAGCAGGGGACCGACUUUGCCUGGCCUCGCAAAGUUUGACGGCAUGUCAGCUUUGUUGCAGGCAGGAGAGAUUGUAGGGAGACAGGUUAGGUAAUCGUUCUGCCAUGCAGACCUUUUGUAUUGAUGAUCCGACAUUUAUAUGCAUUGCACUGUGGAGUUUAUAAGGGCUGGCUUUUAUUUCAUUCAAGAUACCUGGCACUUUUAUUUUGCCCUCUACGUAUAUCAUACUUCUACAGAGGUAUAUAGUUGUUAUUUUCAAGUCAUAUUUCUAAUUCGUUAUAAACGCACCAGAUUCAAAAAUCAAAUCGAUGAGGUCAGAACGAUACCAGUUUCUUUGUUGGUUCCUUGGGUGGCACUCAAAUGCAACCAAGUAAAGAUCUCCGUCCUGCUGGAGCAAAUCCCGUUGCGCCUUGUAUUGCUACACUCGUAAUCAUGCAAUACUUACCCCCAUUUACUCGUUGCAUCGCUGUCUUCCAC